CAUAUAUACACACACACAAACACACGCACACACCAUUUAAAAAGAAAAAAAAGGAGAAUCUAUGCAAUAUACCGAAGGAAACACCACCCGCCCUUGCAGUCGUAACGUCGUCCGAGUGAGUAAUUAUCGUUGGUUAAAGAUGGCUGAUUCUUCUUCUUCGAGUAAGCCAGAGGUCAAGCCUUCUGCUGAACAGGGCGCUGCGUCAGGAGCUGGUGCUAGUGAUGAAGGCUCAUCGUCGAAGAAGGAAGAAGCUGAAGGAAUCCAGUGUGAAGGUGCUAUUGGAGGUGCUAUAGGGGCAGGGCGAAAGACGCGUGCCGCCGCCGAUAGCGAUGAGGAGGACGGCGAUGCCGGGUACGAGGACGAGGAUGACGAUGACGGUGCUUACGAUGACGAGGAAGAUAAAGAGGGUUUCAUGAAGAUGCUUCAAAAUUUCCUCAUGACCAAACUGCACAUUGGCGGAGCAGAAGAUGCGCCAAAGGUGCUAGACGAAGUAACCGUAGAUGGCAUUGUGAAGUAUAUUCAGAGUGGCCAGUGCAAGAACAUCAUAACAAUGGCUGGCGCUGGGAUCUCAACAUCAGCAGGUAUUCCUGAUUUCCGAACGCCAGGCUCUGGCCUUUACAGCAACUUGGAGAAGUAUAACCUUCCAUGCCCAGAAGCAAUUUUUGACAUCGAAUACUUCAAGAGCAACCCUAAACCAUUCUUCGUGCUUGCCAAAGAAUUAUAUCCAGGCGCCUUCAAUCCUACACCCUCUCAUUGGUUUAUUCGCCUGCUUCAUGAAAAAGGUCUCCUUCUGAGACAUUACACACAGAAUGUAGAUACACUGGAGCAUGUGGCUGGCCUCCCUGCGGAAAAGAUUGUUGAAGCCCAUGGCACAUUUAGAACAUCACAUUGCUUGCAUUGCCGUAAGGAAUACAGUCAGGAGUGGAUGAAAGAUGAAAUCUUCAAAGACAACAUCCCAACAUGCUUGGACUGCAGUGGAGUCGUGAAGCCUGACAUUGUCUUUUUCCGAGAGAGUUUGCCUCCCCGAUUCUUCAUGUUGACGCAAGUCGAUUUCCCAAAGUGUGAUCUUUUGAUCAUCCUAGGGACAUCCCUUACAGUUCAGCCUUUCGCCUCUCUCAUUGACAAUGUACCGUCUACGUGUCCAAGGCUCCUUGUCAAUCGGGAGAAGGCAGGAUCGCUGGAUCCCAUGAUGGCCUUGUUGCAGGGAAUGGGAGGUGGAGGUGGCCUUGCUCUAGAUUCUGCCCGGAAUACUCGCGAUGUGGCUUUGCUAGGAGACUGUGAUGAUGGAUGCUGCAAACUCGCUGAACUUCUUGGUUGGAAGGAAGACCUACAAGGCUUCUUGACCAGCAAGAAGUAAAUCCUGGUACCAUCUGUGAUAUUGUUAAGUCAUCAAUCGGUGCAUGUUUUGUAUCCAGUCUGUACGGAAGUGCUGUGUGGGAUUCAUGUACCCGCUGGAACAGUUUUAGUGUUAAGCAUGAAAUGAAACUUAUUGGGCAUUAUGUAUUGCCCCAGAGAACCAUUGAAAACACAUUGGAAGUAGGACUGUUACACAUCAAAAGAGAGCUGCGUUGUUCUUUUUCCGUUGUACAAGAAACAAGUUGUUAUUGUUGCCAUGAAGCCAAAGUGAUUUUAAAAACAUUCCCAGGACUUAAACAGAGUACGAUGCUGUUGUAAAGGAUCAAAGACCAUACUUCAGGGAAGAAAUUAGUGAAAGAGAAGUACUGUGAGAAAAAGCUGCAUAAACAGGAAAAAUGAAGAGAAGGUAUGAAUUAGAGACUGUAGCUUUGCUAUUUCCUUUUGAGCAUUUUUAUUUUGCACUAAAUAUGUACUGUUAUAUGUACUAUCAUUAUAAAUUUUUUCUGGUGUUGGGUAUGGAGAAAUAUAUCCUAUGAGACUAGCUUCUAAUGAUGCUUAUGGCCUUAGAAAUGAAUCUUUGGGGGGAAAAAAAAUCAGCUCUUAGACCAAUUGUAUUUGAAUUUUUACUCUGCUACAUUUUCUUUGGCUAACUUUUUUGUGAUUUUGCUUGAGAAUUUUGUAUUACUGCAGUUUAUCAGUACUGUUUCAUAUAGUAUCGUAGUGUAACUCACAGUUUCUGUAAUACUUAGGUAGAAUUAAGUUUCUAUAGUAUGUUUCUCCAAGACUUUUGUUACCUAUGCACUGUAGCGGUGAGUCCAGCUGUUCUCUCCAAGUCCGUGUAGUGAUGGUAGAAAUUGUCACUUAUUACCUACCACUUAAUAACAUCGUCGAAUGAUUAAUUUUUUAAGAAUUUGCAGAUUUAACAUGAUACUCUUGAUAUAGGCAUUGUAUUGUGAUGUGUGAUAUCAUUUUCAAAGAGUAGGUAAUUCUGCAGCUUUGAGUUUACUUUCUUCAUAAGAUUCAUUAUUCUGAAAAGGUAGUCUGUACUAAUCAAAUCAAAAUAGACUACAGGACAGUGCUGUUGGAUUACAUUAUUUACUAUUGAUGCUAUGUGCAGUUAUUUGUAAGAGAUUAUGUAUUGUGUUCAUUUUUGUGUGUAACAGGCUCUCUCUCUCUCUCUCUCUCUCUCUCUCUCUCUCUCUCUGUCUGUCUGUCUGUCUAUGAGCUUCUCUAUGUAUUUUCAAUUAAUUCUGAUAUACUCUGUGUGUGAAUAACUCUCUCUCUCUCUCUCUCUCUCUCUCUCUCUCUC